GGCUGUGACGUCAGCCUCCGUAACUUUUACCGUCCGUACGAGCGGCGCACGCGCGCAGGUCCGCGCGUGUACGGCGGCGAGGAUACGGCGACGGCUGAGUCCGGCGCGUGCGCGUGUCGCGUGUGUGUCGCUGGACAGCGCGCGUCGCCUGCUGAUGUUGUUUUGACACAGGUGACGUAGAGCGUGACGCGCCUGAACGAUGAGAUAAGCACUUCUCUUCCGCGUGCAUGCAGGAAAACGAAGGCGCGCGCGCGCGGCCGGUUAUCCGUGGCGGGCGCGGAGGAGCGUUCUGGGCCGAACCGAGCCGCAGGAGCGGACUGGGCUCAGGGCAGGUUGUGGCGCAGCCGCAGAGAGUGAAACUGGCUGAAUCCAGCUCUGCGGGAGGACCAGCGCCGCGCGCACACCUGGCCAGCACCGCGGCGACGGCGGCGCGUGCGUGACCGCGCGUGCGUGACGGCGGCACCUGACAGGGAAGUAGGACCCGAGAACCCAGGUGAGAUCAGUGAAAGGUUAAAGGUCGUCAGCAUAAGGCUCUUCAUCUGCUCACCUUUGACCCCUGGAGACUAAACAUGGCUCGUAGGCGCGCGGGCAGCAGAGACGUCGUUCUACUCACCGCGGAUCUGUGGGAUGUUUCUGCGUGAAGGAGGAACUCCAGACGGUUUGCUGUGUUCCUGUGAUGGAGUAACAGCUGACGGGUUUUCUGCAGGACGACUGUUUGCUUCACUUCCAGCUGACGAUGGAGCAGGACUUCAUACAGUAGGACCUCAGUAGGACCUCAGUAGGACCUCAGUAGGACCUCAGCCCCUCCCUGCUCCCCGCUCUGGACUCUGUUGCUCAACAUCCUUCCUCUACCUGUGAACUCUGCUGCUGUGGAUGCACCUCCGAGGCUCCUGAAGCUCGGGGGGAGGAGGAGACUCCAGCUUCAGCUUUUCCUUCCACAUCCUUUCACACAAAGACAGAACUACAAAUAUGGCCGCUGCCGGCCGCAAGCACCUGGUGAAGGAUUUCAACCACUUCAUCACCUGCUACCUGUGCCGAGGCUACCUGAUCAAGCCGACCACCGUCACCGAGUGCCUGCACACCUUCUGCAAGAGCUGCAUCGUGCAGCACUUUGAGGAGAGCAACGACUGUCCUAAAUGUGGCAUCCAGGUCCAUGAGACCAACCCGCUGGAGAUGCUGCGGCUGGACAACACCCUGGAGGAGAUCAUUUUCAAGCUGGUGCCCGGGCUCAGAGAAAAAGAGGAGCAGCAAGAGCUGGACUUCUGGAAGAAGAACCAGCCCAAGGAGAACGGCCAAGAGAGCCUGCGGUGUCAGCGGCCCGGGCUUCCCGACGGCGGCGCUGGCGGCGGCGGCGCCGAGGACGACGGGGACGGCGGGGAAGACGGGGACUACCACAGGAGCGACCCUCAGAUAGCCAUCUGUCUGGACUGCCUGCACAACACGGGGCAGGCCGGGGAGAGCACGGUGACGGACCUGAUGAAGAGGUUCAUCCGCUGCUCCAGCAGGGUCACCGUGGGGACAAUUAAGAAGUUUCUGAGCCUGAAGCUGAAGCUGCCGAGCUCCUAUGAGCUGGACGUGCUCUGCAACGGAGAGAUCAUGGGCCGAGAUCACACCCUGGAGUUCAUCUACAUGACCCGCUGGAGGCUGCACGGAGAGAACACGUAUCCCAUGGUUCUGGAGUACCGGCCGCGCAUCGACUUCGGCUGAGCGCCGCCGCAGACGGACGGCGGAACACGUGACCCACGCGUGUUCGCACGCAGCGUCUCCACGGGAACACACGCCGACACAUCUACGCCCAACAGUGCAGAAGAAGAGAGAUUUAGAUGUAUUUUUGUACAGCCGACGAUGAAGUGCUGAUGUUGUUGCGUUGAAGAUCCUUUAUGCUACAUAGAAUAAUAUAUGCUAUAAUAUAUGCUAUUUUUAAAUGUACGUCCCUGUGCCUAAAAACCUGUUUGGAACCAUCAUAUCUCCAGUUUGCUUGUCUAACUAACUGUAGAUUAAAUGUUGAUUUUCUACUGUG